GAAGUAUCUAGCGUGGUGAGCAGUUUAUUGCACAAAACAUAUUGAAAUUCGCUACCUUGAUCAUCUCAAGCCCACCGGCAGUAUGAGAGACAGAGACAGCAGAGCGGAUGGCGCGGAACUCAAACAAACUCAUUCGCGUCGCUCUUUAGCCAGAAAAUGAAUACGAAGUAGAGCGAGAAAGUAUUGGCUCGUCGAUUUGGCAACGUGAUGCCAUCAGGAGCUGCUAGGGGUCAACCGGCUUCGAGAGAGCCUUCCUUGUUGUCGGGCCGGUCUGCCCGCCGUUCCCUAGAUUCGCUCAAGAAUGAUGUGAAACAGAGAGAACCGUCGCAAAAGUUGGAGCCCCGUUCCCGUUCGUGUUGGAACACCACGACUACGUAGCUGCAGUGGACGCAUGCCAAAGUAUGUCUCCCCCGCCCGUCGCCCGGUGUCCUUUUGAACGUAGUCGCGCGUGAUGAGUGGUUGGUCACAGCCUCCGCAGCACACGCGCAGCAUUGCAUUCGAAAGCACCACCAGCACAACAAGCUAGCAGCUGUGUGCUAGUAGACAAGUGCUUUGGGAGUAAAUAGCGUCGUUAACCGGUCAAGAUGCAGCUGCUCAUCCUGUCCUCGCGGUAUGGAGCUUCAAUCGUCCUCCUUUUGGCCGGGUUAUGUCAGCAUUUCGUGAGCCUCGUUGAGGCUAGGUUUCUCUCGCGCGGCUACCUCCUUCAACAUGAAGGACGACUGCAACACGUGGACGAAACAAACCGCCAGCGCACCAAAACGACGGCGAAUUAUAAAGCGAACCGCCACGCGGCCUCUGCCAGCGAUACUAGAAGUACGGCUGUGUUGCUGAUGAAAAAUGCCACGAGUGGUGGUGCAACUGCAACCAACUCCACGGUUUCCGACGUGCCUUCACUAACUGUGAUUUCCGCUUCUUUGGACGUGUUGGAGAAGAAGAUGGCGGGGUUCAACUUGCAGAUGGACGGCAUCGCGCAGAAUCUGACCGCGGUGGAGAACAGCACGACAUCCGGGUUGCUGGAGCUGGGCAACUUGCAGCAGCAGCUCCGCCAGAUCGCGACCAGCGCCAGCAAUUCCAGCGGGCAAAUUCUGCAGCUGCAGAGCGCGGCGCAGCUGGCCGAGCAGAAAUUGGUAAACAACACCGGGAAGCUGAGUCAGGAAGAAACGUUACUGUCGAAAUUGGCGGAGGACGUGUUGCAACUCUCUGGCUCCAGUCUCGACACUGGAAGACGGGUGGCGGACUUGGAAAAGGCGGUGAACGAAACCGUGCCCACCGGAAAACUGACGCAGAGCAUGAACCUCGUGGAGCAGCGGCUGACGGGCUUCGAGGCCGCCUUGAAACAGGGCAUCGAGAAACAGGCCGACCAGUUUUUGAAAACCGCGAUCGAGCAAAUGCGCACGCAAAUCCAGAAGGCCGCCUCCGCCGCGGCUUCCUCGACCACGACGAGCUUGUAGAAGGGGGCGCGGGCUGAAACCGAUAGAUCAUCCUCUCUCGGGACCUUCAAAGGCUUGUUGUAUCGAGAAGCACUCGGGAGAAAGACGAGCCUGAGCCAAACGGCCAGCGAAGGGUGAAAAUGGACUGCGAGUGCUGAACGUUUUUUACCGCAGCUCCAACAUGCUCUAGCUGCAAAAGCAAAAAGGAGGUGAUUUGCACCACUCAUGUACGUACUAGUAGCGUUUUUUUCUUUUCUUUUUGGUUGGUACGCAUGACCCCGCACAGGACUGCUUGUUGCCUGAAAAUUUUUU